AUGCAGCUGUUUGGAGCUCUGGUUCUGUUUACGACUCUAUCCACAGCAUGUGGACUGAAAUGCUACUUCUGCACACCCCUCACGUCUAACUGCACUGACACCAUAGUUUGCCCUGACGGCUUUGACCGCUGUUCUUCUGUCCAAGCAUUGGGAAUCAUGGUUACCAAGGGCUGUAUAAACGAAAAGUUAUGUGUUGGUGGCAAGCUAUGCUGUGAGGGGGACUUGUGUAACAGCGCCGCACUGACUGGUCCAAGCGCCAUUCUCCUGCUGGUGUCCUCCGCCAUCAUCACGCCGUUUCUCUGAAGCUCCGGCUGAGAAUAUGUUGUGGUUUCUAUGUUGCUCUACAAAGAGUUGUUGAUUCAGGACAAACACAACAUUCCUCAGGAUGAAACUUGUAAUCCUUUUUCUUUAUUUUUACAACCAUCAACACUUUUUUAGGAAUCCCUGAUUUAAAAUUUUAAAAAAAAAGAAUGACAAAACACGACAUUAAAUAUGAAGCAUGAGAAAAUAAUAAACAUGUUGAUUUGAUGAACCUGAUGAUGAACAAACAAGCAGACAUAGUGUAACUGGGUUAUUGUUGUACCUAUAAUCAAUAAAUAUGAC